GGUGGACGGGUGAUUUGUUUUAUUUAUUUUUAAUCUUGUUUAAUCAAUUAUUAAUAUUUGCGUCAAAUUGUUGUUUUUGUGUGUUUAUAUUUUAAAAAUAAUUAAAUACUAUUAUGUUCGGCUUAAUUAAAUACUUGGCAUGCAUUCUAUUGGGUUUGCAAUUGGCUCUAGGCGACUUGUUAUUCCCCGAAUAUCAAGCUGUGGAUAAGAAAAAAUCCAAUUUAGCUGGUCGCACUCCUCUAUAUGCUCCUUCGCGCUGUAAACAACAUGAAUUAUUAUAUCCUGGCGAUCAAGUUAAUGACUGGAUCUGUGACUGUGCACCAGCUGCUUUAUACUAUCCCGAAACCGAUGCCUGCUAUCCCGCCUUCCGUAAGGGACCCUGUGAAGAUGGUGAAUUCUUGGUAUUGGGUGAUAACUCCAUUUUGCCCGUCUGCAUAGCCAAUGACUGUAAAGUCGAUGGUCAAGUUAAAAUUCAAGGUGUUUGCUAUGAAUUCGGUAAGGCUGGUGCUUGUAAAGAUGCCCAUCUGUCGUAUGUAAUUGGCGUUAAUCCUGUAACACUGCAUGUGGACUGUGUUAAAUUGUCCAUAUCAUUGGAAUCACGUUUUGGUGAAGAACCCCAGCACUCGUAUGACUUGACAAAUGUAGAUUUAUGUGCUCGUGGCUGUAAGAGAGCCAUACAGGGACGUUGUCCCGAAGGAAAGUAAAGAAGCUGGUUUUCUUAAUUUUUUUUAUAACAAAAAUAAACUAUUACAUAUUUAACUUUAACAAUAAAAAUGUAUAAUAGACUUAUAGAAGACAAUAAAUUUAACAUAAUAAAAUUCCA